GAAGACCAGAACAUCACUCUUUCCCGUUAGCUAUAGCUCUCAGCGCGAAAUGCGACAGUCAUGCGCACUUUCUCUCUCAACUAUUGGCCUCGUCUACGUCCUCCCAAUGUAUACAGUAGGGCAACUACAUCCCACCUACACCUUACCCCAUUGGUGCAAGUGACGUCACAUCGACACCCGCAAGUGAGCUUCACAUCGCAACACCGGCCGCUGCAAGUCAACAGCUUCUCUCCCAUUCCCAGUUCCUCAUCGAAUCUCUCUAAGCCGACUCUAACGACACGCACCGCCUCAUCAGCAUCGACCAUGUCCUCCCAAUCUCAACCCAUCGACCUCACCGGCAGCUGCUACUGCCGCAACCUCACCUUCCAAAUGCACCUGGACAGCAAGGACGACGCACGAACAAGUCUCUGCCACUGCAAGAACUGCAAGAAGGCGUUUGGUGGGGCUUUUGGGUUGACGACCAAGGUGCCGCUGAAGGGGUUUAGGUAUGCGCAAGGGAGCGGGGAACCUACUGUGCAUGUAGGAGACAAUGGCUCCGGAACGAACCUUUAUCGCGAGUUUUGCCCCAAGUGCGGGAGUUAUAUCUGCGAGUACGGGGAGCAGGCAAAGUCCGACUUUCGAUACAUCGCGACCGGCGCGCUGGACGAUCCCUCAGCGGUGCCGCCAAAGGGCGAGUUCUUUUGCAGCUUGAGAGAGGGGUGGAUGCCAGAGGUACCUAAUGUGUUCCACAAGCAGAAGAUUAAGGAGUGAGUAGAGGGAAGUCCGACGCUGUGAUAGGCCAGUGCCGAAAAGUACGAGUGAUGGUAUGGAGUUUUCAGGUGUGUGUUUAGCGUGUACUGUGAAGUUCUUUUUAUCUCUUGUCAGUUACGGUAGGCUGUUGUAAGCAACACCGCCACCGCACGAAUUUGCGAAAUUACGAUUUUGUGAUUUUGCGAAGAUCGCAAAAACAACAAAAAAGAGCAUUUUACUACACACGAAAACAGUAUAUUUCUAGCUGCGCAGUGCUGUAGAAAUAUAUUUUAGAUAAGUAGUAGUUAAGAAGACUAUUAUAAAUCGGAAAAACAUGCAUGCAGAGGUAUAGGCGUAGGUGCAGAGGUGUAGGUGCAGAGAGCU